AUCAGCGGAGCGGGUGCUAAUAGGCUAACUAACUCACCAAACAAAACGAGCAGGAAGUUGUCCAUCACUACUCCUGUGAAUCUGUCCUUGUCCUAAUCUCAUAAUUUAUUUGUCCAAAUCCAAAAUGGCUCCGAAAAAGCAGAAGAAAAGCAAAGCGUCAGGAGGCUCGAAGAAGGAAGAAGACAAAGAAAAGGAGGCAGAAAGAGAAGCACAGUUACACAGAGAGUAUGAGUCUUUGACUGAAACACUCAUCAACCUCAAGAAGAGGAAAGAGCAACUACGGAGAGAUAAUGAGGUUCUUCAGAGAGAGGCCGACCAGAUAUGCAUGGACAGUCAAGAGUACAAGUCGUACAUGUCGAAGCGGGCGCAGAAGCGACAGAAUGCAAGUGUUACCCUGACUGAUCCGCGGCAGCAGAGGCUGGAAGAGCUCAGUAAACAGAGAGAGGAGAUGGUGGAAAAACACAAGGAGUGGGUCAACGGUCUGAAGAAUGACAUUUUGGAGAAGGAGACUGAGUUGGCUAUGUUGAAUCUUGAAAUAACUAAGCUCGAGGAUGUUAAGAGUCUGCAGCAGCAACAGCUGGAUCGUAUAGCUGAGCUGAAGGAGGAGGUGGUUACUGUAAACUGUCAUCACUGCAAGACUCUCCAUACUCUAAAAGCUAAAAGUCUCAUGGAAAAGGAGCGCUACAAGGCUGAGUCUAAACGCAUGCUAUGGGAAGUCAUCUGCCAAGUUAAUAAGGACGCUUCUGUCUCUAUGCUUUCUUACAUACAGCAGGUGACUGAAGAGAAUUUUUGUAUGUAUAAAGAACUGCAGCAGCUGAUCCAGAGAGCUCAAGCUCUGCGCAGCCACCAGCAGUUCCUGCAGACGCAGCGCAGACAAAUCCUGCUGGAGAAAAAGUGUGUGCAGGAGCUGCAGCGUUUGCGUACCUCCACAGCACAAGGGGGCAUCAGUACAGGAGUAGCUGCAGAUCCUGCGAUACUGGAUAAUAACCCAUGCUUUGAUUAGUUUUAUGUUCACCUAAUAUAACUUAUUGUACAAGUUGAUUAUUCUGUUAUUUUUUUAGGUUGGGAUUUUAAAUUAAAUGUGAACUCAUUUUAUAAUGAGAAAGCCUUAGUGCAGCUUUUGAUACUAUAGAUCACACUAUUCUCCUUGAUAGAUUAGAAAAUGUUGUGGGUAUUAAGGGAACAGCCCUCUCCUGGCUCAGGUCUUAUCUGACCGAUCGUUAUCAGUUCGUAGAUGUAAAUGGUGAUUUCUCCAUGCGUACUGAGGUAACUUUUGGAGUUCCACAGGGUUCUGUUUUAGGCCCACUGUUCUUUACUUUAUAUAUGCUACCCCUAGGACAAAUUAUUCAUAAACAUAGAAUUAGCUUCCACUGGCAUGCUGAUGAUACACAGUUGUAUGUUUCAGCGAAGCCAGAGGACAGACAGAAGCUUAGUAAAGUUGAGGAAUGUGUAAAGAACAUUAGACGUUGGAUGUUAACUAACUUCCUUUUACUUAAUUCUGAUAAAACAAAAAUACUUUUAUUAGGCCCACGUGUAGCUAGAAGUAAUCUUUCUGAUCACAUGGUUACUCUGGAUGGUCUUUCUGUUUCAUCAUGUACAGUAGUAAAAGACCUUGGUGUAAUUAUUGACUCCAGCCUAUCAUUUGAUGCUCAUGUAGAUAAUAUUACUAGGAUAGGCUUCUUUCAUCUCAGAAAUAUUUCUAAGAUAAGAAACAUAUUGUCACUACAUGAUGCGGAAAUACUAGUUCAUGCAUUCGCCACCUCUAGAUUAGAUUACUGUAAUGCCUUACUGUCUGGAUGUUCCAGUAGGAAUAUAAAUAAGCUCCAGUUAGUCCAGAAUGCAGCUGCUAGAGUCCUAACUAGAACCAGAAGAUACGACCAUAUCACACCAAUAUUAUCAGUACUGCAUUGGCUCCCAGUAAAAUCUUGCAUUAACUAUAAAAUACUUUUAUUAACCUGUAAAGCACUAAAUGGUCUCGUGCCACAAUAUCUAAGCGACCUUUUGGUUUUCUAUGAUCCGCCACGCCUACUUAGAUCAAAAGAUGCAGGCUAUUUGACGGUACCUCGAAUAGUGAAGGCUACAGCAGGGGGAAGAGCUUUCUCUUAUAGAGAUCCACAGUUA